AACCGAUGACGGUCCACCGGAGAGCAGCGCGAAUAACACGGUACAACGAGAACAGAAGAUACAUUCCAGUUGGCCCUAGAAACAUCUCAGGAAAUGAGCGUAGACUUAUCUGGAGGUGUGUCCUAAUCCCAAACUGAAGUCAUCUGUAAAGCUUCUGCCCUCAUUUCCUGUCGAGUGGGCUGCAUCUGCCCAUGCACACACACGGCACCAUGGGUAGCUCCCCGGAGGUGCUGUCCUGGACGUCCUGUCCCAGCCUGUUGGUGGGGAAACUCAAAGAGGAGCUCAAACUCACCGUCGCUGGGGACUCCAUAAAGAAAACCAACGGCAACGUGUCUCCUCAAGCCCUGCCCCCUCCACAGAUCAUCACAGACCUGGCACCACCCACCACGCUCCCUAUGCCGCUGCAACAGCUGCAGCUCCCAUGCAGGGAUGAUGACUUGGGCGGUACCAGUCCUCCGUGCACUGCCCUCAGCGAAGACUCCACCCGCGAGCAUGGACACUUCGAGAAUAGCGUGCUGCAACUGCAGGAGCACGAGGAGGCGGAGUCACCUGCCUCCUGCGUUCAGGGUGGGUGUGGCAGCGGCGGCGAGGAGAGGAACGAUGAGGGAGGAUGUCCGAUGGACCAUAGUGGGGAUGAUACAAACCACCACCCUCAUGACGACAUUAAACUGCACUUUCAGAGAGCCGGUACUGGCAGUGGGGGUUUUCUGGAGGGCCUGUUUGGAUGUUUGAGGCCUGUGUGGAAUAUCAUUGGAAAAACAUACUCGACUGAGUACAAAUUACAGCAGCAAGACAUGUGGGAGGUGCCAUUUGAGGAGAUCUCUGAACUGCAGUGGCUGGGCAGUGGAGCUCAGGGCGCCGUGUUCCUCGGAAAGUUCCACUCGGAAGAGGUCGCGAUUAAGAAAGUCCGCGAGCAGAAGGAAACGGAUAUCAAACACCUUCGCAAACUCAAGCACCCCAAUAUCAUCAGCUUCAAGGGUGUGUGUACGCAAGCGCCAUGUUACUGCAUCAUCAUGGAGUACUGUGCACAAGGGCAGCUCUAUGAGGUUCUUAGGGCAGGACGCAAGAUCAUGCCUUGUUUGCUGGUUGACUGGGCCUCAGGGAUCGCCAGUGGCAUGAACUACCUACAUCUCCACAAGAUCAUCCACAGAGACCUCAAAUCACCAAAUGUGUUAGUCACUCAAAAUGACUCGGUGAAGAUCUCAGACUUUGGAACAUCUAAAGAACUCAGCGACAAGAGCAUGAAGAUGUCGUUUGCAGGUACAGUCGCCUGGAUGGCCCCCGAAGUCAUCCGGAAUGAGCCAGUGUCAGAGAAAGUAGACAUCUGGUCAUUUGGGGUGGUAUUAUGGGAGCUACUGACGGGUGAGAUCCCCUAUAAAGACGUCGACUCUUCUGCCAUCAUCUGGGGUGUUGGGAGUAACAGUCUCCACCUGCCUGUCCCAUCCACGUGUCCCGACGGCUUCAAAAUCCUCAUGAAACAGACGUGGCAAGGUAAACCCAGAAACCGUCCGUCCUUCAGACAAAUCCUGCUACAUCUGGACAUCGCCUCCGCUGACCUGCUGGGAACCCCGCAGGAGACCUACUUCAAAUCUCAGACCGAAUGGAGAGAAGAGGUGAAGAAACAUUUCGAGAAGAUCAAGAGUGAAGGCACCUGUAUCCAUCGACUGGACGAGGAGCUGAUUAAACGCAGGAGAGAUGAGCUCAGACAUGCUCUGGAUAUCCGAGAGCAUUAUGAGAGGAAACUGGAGAGGGCCAAUAAUCUGUACAUGGAGCUCAGUGCCAUCAUGCUACAGCUGGAGGUGCGGGAGAAGGAGCUCUUCAAGAGGGAACAGGCUGUGGAGAAGAAGUAUCCUGGCACAUGCAAGCGGCACCUGGUUCGGCCCAUCGUGAGGCCCAACGCUGUUGAGAAGCUCAUCAAGAAAAAGAGCAGCAUGAACCACAAGCCUGGAACACAGCCGCCUAAGAGACCGGAUCUGCUGCGCUCUGAUGGCAUUCCCACCGUAGAGCCUCUUACCGCCCCUUCUCCCCUGUCAAGGAGCCCCAAAGUGUCCACCCCUCCUGGAAAGAGCCGGUACCGCAGUAAACCCCGUCAUCGGAGGGCAAACAGCAAGGGCAGCCACAACGACUUCCCAGGUGCGCUGAAGCCCAAUUUCAGUCCCUCUGAGGAACAGCAACCCCUCCAGGAACAAAACUAUCCCCACCACCAUCACGCUCCACCUGAGCGACCCCUCCUUCCGGUGCAAAACAGGGUAAGCGCCAUCGCCAAUUGCGCCAACAACCUGCGUUACUUCGGCCCCGCUGCGGCUCUUCGCAGCCCGCAAACUGACCAUCUCCAACGGAGGCUGUCCGGCUCCAGCCCCGAUCUAAUUUCCACUGCAGUGGAUGCUGAUUCACGCCACCGCAGGUCCUCUAUACCCCCUUCCAAAGGCUCAGGCCCGGGGCCGCUGUGUCCCUGCUGCCAGGUACAUCCUUUCCCGGGCUGCAUGCACUGCCAGGGGAUGCCUGCUGUGCCCAGCCACCCAGAACUCCCACACUACUCCCUACUGAGUACGUGUGAGGGAACGCCACCCGCCGUCAGACGGGCGGUGGACCCGACAUCAGAUGGAGAAGCUCAAGGAAAGGGAGAGCAGCCGGAGCAGGGUUCCCCACGAGGAAGCUUGUCCAGCAGCCUGCAACAAACUCUCAGACCCCUCAGAAAUGGGAGGGACGAGUCAUCUGAGGAAGAGGAGGGAGAGGUCGACAGCGAAGUGGAGUUCCCACGGAGACAGAGGCCUCAUCGCUGCAUGAGCAGUUUUCAGUCGUAUUCCACCUUCAGCUCAGAGAAUCUGUCUGUAUCUGACGGAGAGGAGGGGAACACCAGCGAUCACUCUCACAGUGGACCUCUGGAGCAGCUGAGUGCCAGUCAGGAUGAACAUAUGGAUGAGCUGCUGUCACACACACCUGAGAUCCCCAUCGACAUCUCCACACAGUCUGACGGGCUGUCUGAUAAAGAGUGCGCUGUACGGCGUGUCAAGACUCAGAUCUCGCUGGGCAAACUGUGUGCUGAUGAGCACAGCUAUGAAAAUCCGCUGCAUUUCGGGGACUCUGAUUGUGACACAUCAGAUGCGGAGUGCUCUGAUGCCACCAUCAGGAACAAGCAGCCCGCUGCACCCUCUACCUGGUGAACUCCCGAACCCCGCCUCCACGCAGGAGCCUCUGGAGGAAACCACGGCAAUAAUCGGAGCCUGCUAUAAACAGCCAUGACCAAUGGCCCAUUUUACCCCCAACCGGGAACUAGCCCUUCCCACAAUGCACCUCUCUCUGAGCAACCUCAGGCACAUUCUCUGAUGUGAUGAUGUAGCUAGUUCAACAUGCAUUAUUUAUUUUAUUAUAAUUUUUACAAAACGCAAGCAAAAUCAGGAACUCAAAAAAUAUUAACAAUUCUGCACUGCAAAAAAAAAAAAAGAAAGAAAAGAAAACAUUUUCUGGCUUGUUUUCCGGUAAAAAAACAAAAAAACAAUCUAAACAUCCUAAAAAUAAGAUGUAUUUACUUGAGAAGCAAAAUUGUGUAAGUUAUUAAGACUUGUUUUCAGAAAGUAUAAAAGUUGUUUAUAUUUCUUGACCCAUUUGUAAAAA